CGGCUUUUGUGGAGCGAUGCCUCGAGGGUGACUGUUGAUGUGUGCAGAAGGUCCCUAGUUCGCGCCCGGGUAUGGGCGAGGGGACGGUCUAAAAAUUGUACUGUUACAUAUAUUUCCAUGAAGUUCCAUAAUUUAAUCAAAAUAGGCUAUGCAAUAUAUGAUUAUUUUCGUGGAUAACAUGUUGUCAUUGAGUACAGUAGAGCAAGCUCGCGGUCAGGCUGAACCAAAACGGACGGACUAAACACAGCCCAAAUUGGAACGACUCAUUUUGGACGAAAUUGCGGCCACAACAGACGGACCUGAUAUCGCCCAUAAUUCGAUGUCCAUGGAUGAGUGGGGAGCGAUGUCGACACAUGCCUCGGCGUUCCAGUAUCAAACCUAACAUCAUUAGUUUGUGCAUAUGUUCAUACUACCUUAUUUGGUACAGUACUGCGGUGUAUUACGUCUGGCAAAGGAAACAGUUUACCGUUUAAGUUUACCAAACGAAGAAACCGGAAUUAAACGGAGAAGGACCUAGACCAAAUUGUCCAACAGAAACUCUCGUUUUAGUUGAAAAACGUUUUCCGUUUGGAGUAAACGCAAUCGGCGUAAUGAAUACACCCUUUGGGGCUGUAGUAAAACGUUUCUUAAGCGGAAGCAAACAGGGCGAAACGGGAAGGACUUACCUGAAUUUAUACAAUAGAAAGUUUGGUUUUGCAACUGUUUGGACUCGGUCUGCUGCUCAUGCGCACUGACUCAACUACGAAAUAUGGCGGCUGACGACUGCUAGAGAAAAGUGUUGGGCUCUGAUCAAUUUCGUUAAAAAGCUGCCCUGGUCAGUACUACAGGGCCAUAGUUGCACACUGGGUGGACCACCUGCCUGUCAUUCCCAUUGCCUUGUAGAAUAACCACAUUACCCAGGAGCCAUCAUGGGCAGGACAUCAGUCAAAGAUCAGAAGGAGAAAGCAGGAAGUCUCCUUCCUCCAGGUCCCACUGCUGCUAAAGAGUCGUUCAGUUGGGAGGAGUACCUGAAGGAAACAUCAUCUUCCCCGGCUCCACCUAGCUUCUUCAGACAGUCCAGAGUCCCUCCCUCCAAUGACUUCAAGGUGGGGAUGAAGCUGGAAGUCCAUGACCCUCGGAACUCCACCUCUGUGUGCAUCGCCACUGUGAUGGGCAUGACGGGUGUGCGUCUGCGUCUUCGUCUGGAUGGCAGUGACAACACCAAUGACUUCUGGAGGCUGGUCGACUCCUCAGACAUCCAGCCUAUAGGAACCUGUGAAAAGAAUGGGGACAUGCUGCAGCCGCCGCUGGGCUUCAGAAUGAACGCGUCUUCCUGGCCCAUGUUUCUGCUGAGAACCCUGAAUGGAGCAGAGAUGGCCCCGGCUACCGCUUUUAAAAAGGAGCCUCCACCACUGUCCCAGAAUAACUUUAAGCCAGGGAUGAAGCUGGAAGCAGUAGAUAAGAAGAACCCCUACCUCAUCUGCCCUGCUACCAUUGGAGAGGUGAAGGGGGAGGAAGUGUUUGUGAUGUUUGACGGGUGGAGGGGGGCGUUUGACUACUGGUGUCAACACCACUCUAGAGAUCUCUUCCCUGUUGGAUGGUGCUCCGUUACCAAACACAGCCUGCAGAAGCCUGGCAACAGUGUCAACCUGCCAAAGAACCUGCAUGUCCUAACAGCAGCCCACACCCCCUCCAAGCCUAGCCGUAGAUCCAUGCCUGCGCCCUUCCGGCUUCCCAGCCCCCUGCCCCCGCUGCCUGUCAGGAAGGGGGUGCGGGGGCGGCGCCCCAAGAGUGAGACCAUCGCCCUGCUGAAGGCUGUAGCGGAGGCAGCUGCAGCUCAGAACGGCACGGCUCCAACCUCUAACUCACUGCUGGCUCCCAGGCCUCACAAGAAGAGAGGCCCUAAACCUGGCAGCAAGAGGAAGCCCAAGGUGCUCCAGAACGUAGUGUCUUCAGGUGCUGCGGAUGGCAAGCUGUCAGGGGGUCAACAGGACUGCUUCAGCUCUGUGGUCUCUACAGUGUGUGUGUAUGUGAACAAGCAUGGAACCUGUGGGCCUCACCUGGACAGGAAGCAGAUGCAGCGUCUUCCGGACCACUUUGGGCCAGGUCCUGUUAACGCGGUGCUACAACAGGCAGUUCAGACUUGUCUAGACUGUUGUUACCAACCAAAGGUGCUGCUCAGAACUCUACAGGCACACGCUGGGGGAGGAGAGGUUGUCAGUGUGAGGAUGGAUGGUGGAGUUCGUCUGGUGAAGCUGCCCUCAGCCUCAAGCGCCUCCUUUGUGCUCCGCUUCCUGGAGAUGCUGUGCCGCACGCUGCAGAGUCAUUUCCUCUUCAGCUCCCAGCCCUUCAGCAACAUAUACACCUACAGUAAAUAUGUGAAGGAGGAGGCGUUGGAGGCCCCAUCACUGAGCCAGGGGAUGAAACGUCUAUCUAGAGACGCAUCCCCCUACGCAGCCCCCCUUUCCCCUAAACUACUGCGCACCGAGGCACACCUUUCAGAAGCAGAUACUCUGCCCCAUGAGGAGAACAGCCUUCUGAAGGAGCAGUGCUUCAUGGACUCUAACUCCAUGAUGCUGCGCAGCACCUCUGACUACCACUCCCAGGCCAGCAGCCCCUAUUACCCAUGCCAUGGCCCCGAACGCGCCCACAGCACGCCACUGCACCGCCUUGCCUCCAACCCUGCGGACCUCCCCUGUACACACACCAACAGAGGAGUGGAAGCCGCCAGCUCCACCACGGGCCCCGAGCCCACGGGCCCUGACACACAGACCCCCAGGGGGACGGGGUUGGGCAGGAACCCCUCUACCUGGUCCAUCGAUGAGGUCAUGCAGUUUGUGAGCGACGCCGACCCCUCAGCCUUGGCCCCGCACGCUGAGCUGUUCAGGAAACACGAGAUUGACGGCAAGGCCCUGAUGCUGCUGAGGAGUGACAUGGUGAUGAAGUACAUGGGUCUGAAGCUGGGGCCCGCCUUGAAGCUGUGUCACCACAUAGAGCGGCUGAAACAGGGCAAAUUGUAGAGCUGAAACACAGAAUGGAACAGGGCAAACUGUAGAGGUGAAACACAUAUACUGAAACAGGGCAAACUGUAGAAGUGAAACUGGAGAGCUGAAACACAGACAAACAGGGCUAACUGUAGGGCUGAAACUGUAGAAUUGUAACAGACUGAAACAGGGCAAAUGGACUGAAACACAGAAAAGAACAGGGCAAACUGUAGAGCUGAAACGGGGCAAGCUGUAGAGCUGAAACGGGGCAAGCUGUAGAGCUGAAACGGGGCAAGCUGUAGCAGGUCCCAGAUUAGCCCGGCCUCACAGACCCCAGGUGAGAAACAGCUCAUCCUACCACAGAAUGUCCCACAGCGUCUCUUACAGGUGACCCAAUACUCAACCUCAAACAGUCUCUUCAGGGGCACACAGCCCCCUCUAGCCCCCAGCCUGCACUAAGCCCUCUUUAUCUCUGAGCUCUCUCACUCCGGUUAUGUUAUCUGUGGUAACAUGCCUCUAACAUACAGACAGUGUGGAAACAUGGAAACACAUGGUGUGGAUCAGUGAAAACAUGCGUUGUGCAUCGCUGACACCACAUUACCUCAUCCCCUCCCCAGCCAAUCAGAGCUGGGCAAGCCAAACACAGAAGGCUGUGAUUGGUUGGAUCCCAAAGCAACAGACUCUCUCCAUAGUGUUUACAUUGAAUAGCACAGUCUGACUAACCUACACUAGGACAUACUAAGACUUUUUACUGAGUAAUGUUUCAUCCUGCUUCUGGAUCCCAAAGAUGUACAAUGUUUUCUUCUAUGACGUUCUGUUUUUAUUAUCAUGAAUAUCCUGUUAAUAAGGAGGAUGUGUAUAUAAAUUUAACAGUGACGAUAUUAGAUGCUAAACCUGUUUACAGCUGCAGAAUGUCUGUUGUCUAUUUCAAUUCCUGUUAGUUCAAUAAUGUGUCCAUGAUGCUGGAUGAUCUGCAGUUUAAGGUAGACCUUUGGCCUGUUGCCAUGACGGUCACUAGCCUCUCAUGGUAAAGGGUGAAAUGUGUUACUAGUGUUAGCAGGUUACUUUCCCCAAUGUAAGAUGGCCAUUGUCGUAAACAGCUAAACGUUUUAUCUAAUGCCUGUCAGACGGACAGGCACACAGACCAUCAACCUCCAACCAGUGGAGAUAAUCAGGCUGUGCUUUUGAAACUCAAAUUCCCUGUGACUGUGGUGUUUGAUGUGGGGAUUAAUGAAGGUCAUGCUGUUAAAGAGAUCGCCCCUACUGGUGGUGUCAAGCACAGAGGCUUUGUCCAGUUUUCAUCAAUACAGAACUGUCGAGAAAGAUUAUUUUAAUUUAUUUCCAGAAGUUAUUUUAGAUGACUGGUCAGUGAUUCUAGAAGUUAUUUCAGAUGACUGCUCUGUGAUUCUAGAAGUUAUUUCAGAUGACUGCUCUGUGAUUCUAGAAGUUAUUUCAGAUGACUGCUCUGUGAUUCUAGAAGUUAUUUCAGAUGACAGCUCGUUCUAGUUUCAAGAGUAAAGGGGACAUAUUAAAGGGCUUUCUAUCUAGGUUUCAGUUUGAUAUUAAAGGUGCUAUACACAGGAUUUUUUUAAUUUAAAUUUUGUGUUGUAAUUUCAGAAAAUGUCCAUAAUAUAUCUACAGAAAUAGUGGAAUGAUGGUGUGUUUCACAGUAUUGCUUACCGGCCAGUGUUGUGAUUGACUGUGAUAUUCGCCUCAAAAUGUAAUAGUUUGACUUUGUAACUGUGUUAUCAAGUGGGAAUCGCUCUGCAAUUUAAAUUGUACAAUGACUCCCUACACUAUUCAGUGCUUGUUUUCUCACAUAAACUGAAAUUGAGCGAACAGUGUAGCAACCAGGGAAUGACAAACAAAACAAUUCCACUAAAUAACACAGUCUGAAUUUACAAUGCAAAAAUUCUACAAAAAAAUCCUCUGUAGCGUCUUUUAAUAUUAGUCCGAGUCGGAGAUAUCCUCACCUGCUAUUGGUCCCUGAAGGAAGUCAUGUUGUCAGUUGGACCAUUUGUUAAAACAGAUUUAUGGGUUUAACCAUAAAUAUCAGACACAAGAAUGUACAUUUUUGUAGAAAAUAAAUAUUUUAAUGACAUUUAUAUAUAAGUAGAAAUGUAAAGAUUAUGGGUGAGGGAGGGACACUAUAUUUCAUACUGCCUUUUUAAUGCUUUAUAUAUCUUUUAGUUGAAACGUCCUCAACAUAAUACAGCAGAACCUGCCUUGCUUUACUUUGAGAUCUCUCAGGGCGUCUUGGUUAAUAAACUUUUGUAGCAUUCUGUUCUGGGUAUUGUAAACCAUUCUUCUGUUGCUGGUGAGUUGAAGUUAAGGACUCAUUGUGCCAUAAAGCAACACUAGAACACAGUGUUCUUGUUAAAUUCUUUUAAAUCAGCUCUAAUUACUUGAAAAAGAUGCUGUAAGUCAUGCUUGUUUAUAAAGUCACACCUGAAAUAAAAGUGUAUUUUCUGUUUUAUAGAUAUCCCAAAUGGAAA